AUGAAACUGAUCGACGACAACACCGCACAGUUUUGGUUUGUCGUUCUGAAGUGUGGCUUCUACGAAGCCUUCAGCGCAUUCGGGAUCGUCACUAACAUCAUCAGUCUUGUCGUCUUCUACAGGAUGGGCUUCAGGGAAACUGUCAACGUCUCUCUCUUCGGCUUGACCUUGUCUGACCUGGGCAGUCUCCUCGUCCUGUUCUGGAUGGGAAUCUGCUACAACCCGUUGUUCACUUACUCGGACGUAGAAUUCGACACUUUGUCAAUUGUUUAUCUCUCGGGAGGAUGGCCCAAGCUGUACCUGACUCGAGUCACCAGCUGGAUCACAGCUUUCGUUGCGUUCGAGAGGUGUCUCUGUGUUGCGAUGCCACUAAAGGUCAAACAAGCAAUAACUCCCCGGAUCGCCUUUGCCGUGAACUUGAGUUUAGCUAUAAUGGUUGGUGCGUCCCUCCCUCCCGUGUACGCCACAACGGGCUUAGACUGGACCUGGUUUCCCGCCAGAAAUAAGACAUUACUCGGACUCUCCUUUACCGAAGACAGACUAGAGGUCUAUGACGUUGUCGUUGGGUUCAACCUGUUUUUCACACUCGGAUCUUUCCUUAUCGUCAUCGUUUGCACGUUCGUUCUGGUGGCUCAACUCAAGUGGAAGACAAAAUGGCGCCAGUCUGCGACGAAAGCGCAGAACACAAAUACGUCAUCGCGAGACCAAAAGAUAAGCACAAUGGUCACUCUCCUUUCAGCUCUCUUCGUGGUCUGCCUCUUGCCUAGCACCGCCGUAUUUCUGGCUAUGAUUCUGGCUCCGGAGUUCAAUAAAGGGAAAGGCUACCACAACAUGUUCACCAUCGUCUGGGCUGUUUGUCAUUUGUUUGAGGCGGCGAAUUCAUCACUCAAUAUUUUUGUCUACACUCAUAUGAGCUCAAAGUUUCGACGAUGUUUAUACGCCAUGUUCAGAACAAGAUUAAGCGUUGACGAAACUCUAACUCAAAGUAUGGCCGUCUUUAGGAGUGAAUAUCAAGCCAAUUCUUCUGUACAGGAAUAG